AUGGGCAAGCUACGCGCACGGCUAGAGAAGAUGGCUCCCAGGAGGAGAGCUCCGGGACACCCGCCAAUACCGGGACUGACGCCGCAGGCUCCACGCUACGUGCCACCCGUCGAAGCGAGACCACGGACGGCCCGCGCCUCGGUGAGCGUCGAGCAACGCGGACAGGCACCCGCAGUCAUACGGGCCAGGACGACCGUUUCCAGGCAGGAGCAACUAUACCAAGCGGCCGCCCAGACAACAGCCGCCCUCGCCUCGGAACUCGACGCCCUAUUCGGUUCGCUGUCCGACCUGGAGGACGAACCAAUGGCCACCACCGAGCCAGCCAGAACAGCGACCGUAGCGGCGACGCCAGAACUCCCGACGCCUCCGCCGACACCCGCUGCGACACCAGAGCCGGUACCCGUGACGAGCCCAACGGCAGGACCACCUCCGGGCUACGGAUAUUUCACCGGCGACAACGGAGACGGGUUCAACGGCCUCCUGCGAGACGUACCCUGGCACCGCAUCCGUCCAGGGCAACGCUACCGCCACCACACCGCCGGCCGCACCAUCAUCGUCAAGCGGCUACGUAACGGCGAGAUCCAACUCCGCGAGCGAACCUAG